GCUGGUGGUGGCCGCAAGUGCAGUCCACGCAGGAGAGUGUGAGGAGGCGCUAUGGACCCUACUGCAUUCGUGGAUGCUGUUAUGGAAGACCUGGCCUGUCCUAUCUGCAUGACCUUCCUGAGGGAGCCUGUGAGCAUUGACUGCGGCCAUACCUUCUGCCACAGCUGCCUCUCCGGACUCUGGAAGGCUCCAGGGGAAUCCCAGAACUCGAGUCACACAUGUCCCCUUUGUCGGGCUCCUAUUAAGCCAAAGAACUGGAGGCCCAAUUGGCAGCUGGCCAGCGUUGUAGAAAAAGUCCGACUGUUAGGGCUACCCCAGGGGAUGGGGCAGAAGAGCAACGCGUGUGAGCAGCAUAGAGAACGGCUCAAGGUGUUCUGCAGAGACGAUGGCCUCAUCAUGUGCGAGGUGUGUGGCCAGUCCCCUGAGCAUGAGAGCCACCGUGUUGUACCAAUGGAAGAUGUCGCCUGGGAGUACAAGUGGAAACUCCACGAGGCUCUGGAAAAUCUGAGGAAAGAGCAAGAGAAGGCCUGGAAGCUGGAAGUUGGCGAGAAGAAACGAAUUGCCACGUGGAAGAUGCAGGUGGGAACCCGGAAACAGAGCAUCGUGUGGGAGUUUGAGAAGUAUCAGCGCUUACUAAAGGACAAACAGCCCGCAGGCCAGGAGCUCAAGGCAGAGGCAGCCACGGCUCUGGCCCUCCUGGAGCAGGAGGAGGGGGAGACCCUGGAGAAGCUGGAGCAGUAUAGCGAGGGGCUAGGCCAGCAGAGCCAGGCCCUGUGCAGGAUGAUUGCAGAGCUGGAGGAGAGGGCCCAGAAGCCUGUUCGCUGGAUGCUGCAGGGUAUUCAGGAAGUCUUAAACAGGUGUAGGUCCUGGAAUCUGCAGCCGCCAGAGCCUGUCUGCCUGGAGUUAAAGACAGAGUGCCGCGUGCCAGGCCUGAGAGAGCUCCUUAGGUCCUAUGCAGCUGAUGUGCGCCUGGAUCCAGACACCGCUUAUUCCCGCCUCGUCGUGUCCGAGGACAGAAAGCGCGUGCACUACGGAGACAGCCAGCAGGACCUCCCAGACAAUCCCGAGAGAUUCUACCGCUACAACAUCGUCUUGGGCAGCCAGCGCAUCUCCUCAGGCCGCCACUACUGGGAAGUGGAAGUGGGAGACCGGACCGAGUGGGGCCUGGGCGUGUGUACGGAGGAUGUCGAUCGGAAGGAGGUGGUCUACUUAUCCCCCCGCUACGGAUUCUGGGUGAUCAGGCUGAGGAAGGGAGAUGAGUACCGAGCAGGCACCGAGGAGUACUCGCUCCUAUCCUUGGCAGUCCCACCCCACCGAGUGGGAGUCUUCCUGGAUUAUGAGGCCCAUGAUAUUUCCUUCUACAACGUGACAGAUAAUGGCUCCCACAUUUUUACUUUUCCUCACUGUCCCUUCCCUGGGCACCUCCUGCCCUAUUUCAGCCCUUGUUACAGCAUCGGCGUCAACAACACGGGGCCCCUGGCCAUCUGUUCCUUGGAUGUGGAGGACUAAGA